ACCGAAGCUUCAGCCGGGCAGUCAGCCUGCGCUGUCCCGGCGGGCCCCGCGCCGGGGUCAGCAGUGCGGGAGGAGGGACAGGUCCCCUCGGUGCGUGCCGAGCCGCGCCCGGGGGAGUGGAACUGGGAGCACCGCCCGCCACCGCCUCAGCGGGAGAGGAGGGAAGGGGAGGCGGGAAGCAGCUGCUGUGGACAUCACUGCCGUGGCGGCAGGCUGUGCCCAGCCCGCGGCACGGCUCUUCUGCGCGGAGCGCCAUGGCCCAACCGCAGCCGACCACCACUGAGAGCUCCGAGGCCGCGGUGCCCGUCGCUGGGGCCGGUGGCCCCGUGCAGAUCCGAGUGGCCGUCCAGGAGGACGAGGAGGAGGACGGUGGAGCGCCGUGCCCGGCGAUGCGGAGCGGCGGCAGCUGCAGCGAGGACGAUUCGGGGCGCUACGGGCGCUCUAGUGGUGGGGAAAAUGAUGAUGACUCUGACCAGAACUGGACACCACCAGAAAAUGACCUUAUCCAGAAGUUAGUAGCACAGAUUGAGUAUUACUUCUCAGAUGAGAACCUUGAGAAAGAUGCCUUCCUUCUAAAGCAUGUGAGAAGAAAUAAGAUGGGCUAUGUCAGUGUUAAACUGCUCACUUCCUUUAAGAAGGUCAAACACCUUACCCGUGACUGGAGAACCACAGCCUAUGCACUGAAGUACUCAGACACUCUUGAGCUCAAUGAUGAUAACAGAAAGGUUAGAAGAAGUACUCCAGUUCCAGUGUUUCCAAGUGAAAACCUCCCUACCAGGAUGUUACUGGUGUAUGAUAUCCACAUGAUGUCAGAGCUGCAUGCUCUUAAACAACAAGAAAAUGGAUGCAUGCAAGAAAGGAUAAUGGAGCAUCUCCUCAAAGCCUUUGUAACUUUUGGUGUAAUUUCAUCCGUUCGUAUUCUCAAGCCUGGUAGAGAUCUACCACCUGACAUCAGGAAAGUCAGCAAUCGGUACGCCCAACUGGGAACUCAGGAAUGUGCAAUUAUAGAAUUUGAAGAAGUAGAUGCUGCUGUGCGUGCUCAUGACUUCAUGUGUGCCAAAGAGAAAGAGAGCAGCAUGAAAGUUGUCCUAAUAGGCAUGAAACCUCCAAAGAAAAAGGUUCCCAAAGACAAGAACCGUGAUGAAGAUAGCAGCAAGAGUCUUAAGAAGGGUCGAUCUCUUAAUAAGAGAGUUGAGGAACUGCAGUUUGUUGGUGAUGAAUCUUCAGCAAAUAGUUCCUCUGACGCAGAGAGUAAUCCAACAUCACCACUGUCAGGGCGCAAAAGUACUGCAACAAAUACUAUGAGUAAUUUGAGCCCUGUCAUUUACCCAAACAACCAUCUGAGUCCUAACGUGUCACCCAGAUCAAGUCCUUGGAACAGUCCAUCUUCACUAAGAAAAGCAACCAAAAAGUCUCCACUGGCUGAAGACAGCAAGCUUAACUCAAGCAUGAGCCCUGAAAUUCCAAGGAAAUGUACAGAUUAUUCCUCAGACAGCAGUACCACUCCUUCUGGUAGCCCCUGGGUACAGAGAAGAAAAGCUCAAACUGUAACACAAGCAAAGAGUCCUGUAACUAGUCCCAUGUUGGCUCGAAAAAUACAAAAUGCAGAUGGUCUACCUGUAGGGGUGCUGCGGCUGCCUAAAGGUCCUGAUGGCACUAAAGGAUUCCACAGUGGAUGUGAAAGAAGGAAGGCUGUGAAAAAUGAACAAAUCCUUUAAAAGGAGAUCUCACAAGUCAGUCAAGUGUUUUUCUUCAAGCCUGGUGAAAAACUGUCACUGGAGUGACCAUGGUACAUCAGUAUUUAACUUCUAAAGAUUUUGUAUCCAUGUAUAGACUUUAUCAUUUGUAUAUUUAUAUAUUCAGUUUACAAAAUCACAGACCAGCUGAGGCUGGAAGGAAUCUCUGGAGAUUGUCCAGUCCCUCUCUGUUGCUCAGCCAGGGUCCACUAGAAUAGAUCAUGUGGGGUUUUAAAACAUCUGCAGGGACACAGACUCCCCAGUCUGGGCAGUGUGUAACUCGCACAGUUAAAGGUGUUUCCUUACGCUCAAGCUGAAUUUCCUGGUUUUAGUUUGUGCCUCUUUUCCUGUCACUGUGUGUCGUUAAGAAAAGCCUGGCUGCAUCCUCUAUACUCCUUCCCAUAUUUAAAAACAUUGAUGAGCUCCACCACCCUAAGCCUUGCCCAGUUUAAACAGCUCCAUCUCUCUAGGCCUUUCCUGUGAGAGAUGCACCAGUCUCUUCAGCAUCUGAGGCACUUAUGUAAUGCAGUGCCCCUUAUCUGCACCAUUAUUUUUCAAAAAUACAUUAGUUUGAAAUGCUUAAAUAUAGAAACAGGCACAGAAAUAAUUCAUGUAGCUACUUUAUUUUCAAAGCUACAAUCCUGAAGAGCAGUGUGCAAAUACUUAAGAGUUUAGUGGUGACACUUCAAUAAGUUGUGGUACGUUGCCAGCCUAAUCACAAGGAAUAGAGGUUUUGGAGACCUGUGUUUGUCUCAAAAGGAACUCUGAAAAAACUUACAGUGCACAGUUGCUCUCUGUUUACACACACCUCCAAAGACAACACUGCUUAGUAAGUCCAAAGUAUGUACUUUUGUGUGAUGCAAACAGAUUCUAAGCAUUGGAGUAAGUGCUGUAAGUGUUGGCUCAUAUCAUCAGACAGAAAUAAACACAAAUAUUAACUGGGA